AUGGAUUCCCAAGUUCCUAUUACGGAUCCAACAAUUGGUCCAAAAAGAGUUAAUAAUGACUUUCAAAGUCAACCAUCUGAAUCGGGUUCCCAUUCAAUAAUGGAGGCUCCAUCGAAUAAAGGUGAAGAGGAGGAAAAUAAGGGUUUCAAUGAUGUAAAUAUCCCUCCUGCUGAAAUGCCAAAGAAACCAGCCUCUGAAUAUGUUACCGUCUCAAUUUUAUGUUUAAUGAUCGCCUUUGGUGGUUACGUUUACGGUUGGGAUACUGGUACCAUUUCCGGUUUCGUUUCUCAAACUGAUUGGAUUAGAAGAUUCGGUCAACAACGUGCUGAUGGUACUUAUUAUUUGUCUAAGGUUAGAACUGGUUUAUUAUUAGCUAUUUUCAAUAUCGGUUGUGCUAUUGGUGGUCUAGCGUUUUCCAGAUUAGGUGAUAUUUACGGUCGUAGGAAGGCAUUAGUUUUUGUUACCAUUGUCUAUAUGGUCGGUUUAGUCAUCUCAAUCGCUUCUAUUGACAAAUGGUACCAAUACUUUAUCGGUAGAAUUAUCUCUGGUAUGGGUGUUGGUGGUAUUGCCGUCUAUUCUCCAUUAUUGAUUUCCGAAGUUUCUCCAAAACAUGUCAGAGGUACUUUAGUCUCAUGUUACCAAUUGAUGAUUACCUUAGGUAUUUUCUUAGGUUACUGUACUAAUUAUGGUACCAGAAACUACUCUAACUCUGUUCAAUGGAGAGUUCCAUUAGGUUUAGGUUUUGCUUGGGCCUUAUUUAUGAUUGCUGCCAUGCUUUUCGUCCCAGAAUCUCCACGUUUCUUAAUCGAAGUCAGUCAAUUCGAUGAAGCCAGACGUUCUGUAGCUAGAUCAAACAAGGUCUCAGUUGACGAUCCAUCCGUUAUCGCUGAAGUUGAGUUCUUGACUGCAGGUGUUGAACUUGAAAAGGCCGCUGGUUCUGCCUCAUGGGGUGAAUUGUUUCAAACCAAGGGUAAGGUCCUCCAUCGUGUCAUUAUGGGUAUUAUGAUUCAAACAUUACAACAAUUGACUGGUGCUAACUACUUCUUUUUCUACGGUACUUUGAUUUUUGCCUCUGUGGGGCUAAAUGAUGGGUUCCAAACAUCUGUCAUUAUUGGUGUCGUCAAUUUUGUCUCCACCUUCCCAGCUAUUUACAUUGUUGAUAGAUUUGGCCGUCGUACUUGUCUAUUAUGGGGUGCUGCCGGUAUGAUUUGUUGUAUGGUUGUCUUCGCUUCCGUCGGUGUCACCAGAUUAUGGCCAAAUGGUAAAGAUCAACCAUCUUCUAAGGGCGCUGGUAACUGUAUGAUUUGUUUCACUAUGUUCUUCAUUUUCUGUUUUGCUACCACUUGGGCUCCAUGUGCUUAUGUUAUUGUUUCUGAAUCCUUCCCAUUAAGAAUCAAAGCUAAGGGUAUGUCGUUAGCUAUCGCAGCCAAUUGGUUCUGGAAUUUCUUACUAGGUUUCUUCACUCCAUUUAUCACUGGUGCUAUCGAUUUCUACUACGGUUAUGUUUUCAUGGGUUGUCUAUGUUUUGCCUGGGUAUAUGUGUUUUUAUUUGUUCCAGAAACUAAAGGUUUAACAUUAGAAGAAGUAAACACUAUGUGGGAAGAAGGUGUCUUACCAUGGAAAUCUGCCCAAUGGGUUCCACCAUCUAGAAGAGAUGCUGACUAUGAUGUUAAUGCUAUGGCUAGUGAUGACAAGCCAUUAUACAAGAGAAUGCUUGGUAAAUAG